AUGGGUCGCCCCCCAAAGAAACGGGCGCGAAGCGACGAGGAAGACGUCGAGCCUCCCGUCAGAAAUAUUCCUACAAAUGAAAUAUGGCCCAGUCCAGAAGACCCCCAGUCCUCGCCGUGGGCUAUGGUCCCAGACCCGACAGCCGCAACGGAUAUACCACAUCUCUGUCCGCAGGUCUUUUGGCAUCAUCACAACGAGCACUCGCAGCCAACGUCGGAUUCAUUUUCUGGUCAGGAAGACCAGAAUCACACAUGGCACCCAGAUCGCUUACUGAAUGCCAAUCUUCCUGUCCCGCCGUCUUCAAGCCCAUGGCCGGACUUCAUGACCGUGACCGAGGCCACCGGCAUGCCAUUCUCGCCACUGCCAACCUUCCCGAACAUGCAAUCUCCCCCGUCUCUUUCUCCUCCAACCCCUACUUCUUCAUCCGACUCAUCCGGCCCAGGGUGUACCUGUCUAUCGUACCUGUACCUAUGCCUUAGCCACAUUUCCUCGCUCGCCUCCUUCCCUGUCAACUCACACAACAUCUGCUCCCUCUACAUCGCCGUCAGAACCGCACAGCACGUCAUCCGCUGCGAGAGCUGUCCCAAAAAUUUCGCCACAGGCGUGCAGAACAUCAUGUUCACCGGCACCCUGCUGACCGUCGUCGCGGACGCCUGGCUGCGCGUCUUCAAGGCCAAUGCUGCGGAAAUAGGCAUGCAAGCCGCAUCGCCAUCAUACGUCUCCCGCGUGCUCCAGAGCGCAGACCCCGCAAAGGGCUGGGAAAACUGGCUCCGGCAGGUCGUUCGCCACGCCGUUAUAGGUGGUCAUAUGGACCCGGACGCCCAGCCCUCGGGCUGCAAUCAGCCAGAUCUACUGUCUGUCAUUCAGGAGAUUGAAGAUCGUCAACGCCGCUGGCAUCACCCCGGACACCAGCACUGGCCACCGCACCCAACUCCGCUUGGUAGGCCCCAUCUCGAUCCGAAUGACCCGGAGAACUCCUGUGAUGAAAAAGAUCUCUUGUGUUUGCGGGUGGUUGGAAAUGCGAGGCGUGUCAUCUCGAGCUUUGGCUUCGAGCCUCAUGAGUAUCCUGAGGGUGUGGCGCCUCCACCUUCUUAUCCUUCAUAA